AUGGCGGCGGGGAGGGCGAUGGUGGUCGUCUUCUUCGCCAUGCUGGUGGCCAUGGCCGGCGUGAAGAUCGGAGAGGCCAUUCCUUGCUUCGACGACUGCAUGGGGCAUUGCCUGCCGGUGAAGCACGCUUCAUGGGAAGGCUGCGCCGGCCAGUGUGAUCAGGCCUGCCGCUCUCUGGGGCUCAAAGGCCGGCAGCCACACCACCGGAGGCCGGCGCCGGCAGAGCAUCGCCGCCACUGA